UUAAAAUCCUUCGCUUAAUACUUAAAAACCACAACACAUACACACUGUGACUGUACUUCUCUCAUCACCCUCUUUGAUAUUUCACCAAAUUACCACAAUACUUAUCAAUUAAUCAACCUAACCUAAUCUCCCCUCUCCACAAAUCUCUAAUUUCCUGCUUCAAUCUCCAUUACCCAAUCUCUAGAUCCGUAAUGCAGCUAAAACCCUUUGAUAAUUAGCAUCUCCCGAUUUGAAAAACCACAGCUUUAUUAUUAUUAUUAUUAUUAUUAUUGUUAAAUUUACGGAGAUUUCAGUGGAACAAAAGCUGGAGGAGAAGAAGAACAAGUUAAAAGAUAUCGUGGUUGAAGAUUCUUCCAUUGGUCGGCGUUAGUUGCUUCCGACAUAAGCACCCUUCAGAUCCGGAGAGAGAGGUGAGAGAGAGAGGCUGUGCUGAUAUUUGAGUAAUGUCGAGACCGACCAAAUGGAAGCUGGAGAAAGCCAAAGUCAAAGUGGUCUUUCGUUUGCAGUUUCAUGCUACUCAUGUUCCACAAGCGGGAUGGGACAAACUGUUCAUAUCAUUCAUUCCCGCUGACUCUGUAAAAGCUACAGCAAAGACAACAAAAGCGCUUGUGAGAAACGGAACUUGCAAGUGGGGUGAUCCGAUCUAUGAAACUACAAGGCUGCUUCAGGAUACAAGGACCAAGCAAUAUGAUGAAAAACUGUACAAGAUUGUUGUUGCUAUGGGUACUUCUAGAUCUAGUAUCCUUGGAGAGGCCAUGAUCGACCUUGCGGAAUAUGCUGAUGCCUUAAAGCCUUUUGCUGUGGUAUUGCCCUUGCAAGGCUGUGAUUCAGGAGCUAUCUUACAUGUCACUGUACAGCUGUUAACUUCAAAAACUGGUUUCAGAGAGUUCGAGCAGCAGAGAGAACUCAGGGAAAGGGGACCGUCAACGACCCCUGACCAAAACAGUCCUGAUGAAUCAUCUCGUUGCAGAACUUCGCCUUCUGAUGAGACUCUUAGUCAUGUUGAUAAGACAAAUAUAAGAGGGAGUUUCAAAGAAAAGUUCCGAGAUGAUUCUUUAGUGGAAGAGGCUGUGGGGCCAAAUGACCCGGAUUCAGCAUUGGGAUUUGAUGUCUCUUCAAACACAUCAGGAAGCCUAAAUGCAGAAAAACAUGAUAUAUCCAGCACAAAUGAAGUUGACAGCCUCAAAAGUAUGGUAUCUGGAGAUCUGAGUGGACUUGCUCAGAUCCCGCAGACAGAGAAAGACGGUCAGAUUGGUUCUGGGGAUCAGUUGGUCAGAGAAGUAUCUGUGUUGAAAUCAGAGUGCUCGAAAUUUAAAGAAGAGAUGGAGCGGUUACGUAACGUCAAAACACAAGUUCUAUAUAAUAGCAAAGACCAAGAUAAUGUUUCCCACAGUCUUCAGCUAAGAUGGCUGCAGGGUCUUUUAGUUGUGGAGGAUAACAUCAGAGAGAUUCAAAACAAAAUUUGCUAUGGCUACCAUGACAGAGACCUAAGAUUGUUCCUCUCAGACUUUGAGUCUCUGCUCGGAGUUCUACUGGAUUUUAAAAGGCAGAUUGGCCAGCCUAUAUCUCACCUCAGCACAGCACCGUCUGAGAAACUCAACACGGCCGAUAUGAAAGAGAGAGGCGUGUCGAAGGCAGAGCAGUUUGUAUCAGGUUCUGAGCUGGACACUGAUAUUUACCAACCAGAACUUGAUCCACUUCAAUAUCUUGGUAUGCCUGAUCUUACUUCUCGUGAACCCAACUCAGCAGAUUCUGUAAAUGCCAUGCGAGAUAAAAUACUCGAGCUUGUACGAGGGCUGGACGAGUCUAAAGCUGAACGUGAUAGCCUUACCAAGAAAAUGGAUCAGAUGGAAUGUUAUUACGAAUCUCUGGUCCAGGAGCUUGAGGAAACUCAAAGGCAGUUGCUAGUGGAGUUACAGAGUCUAAGGACUGAACAUUCCACGUGUCUCUAUAGUAUCUCUGGCGCUAAGGCUGAGAUGGAAACGUUGCGCCAAGAUAUAAAUGAGCAAACCUUAAGAUUUUCUGAGGAGAAGAAAACUUUGGAUUCUGUGAAUGAAGAACUGGAUAAACGAGCUACGGCUGCAGAGGCAGCACUGAAAAGGGCCCGCUUAAAUUAUUCUAUUGCUGUCAACCAUUUGCAGAAGGAUCUUGAAUUGCUUUCCUCCCAGGUUGUAUCUAUGUUCGAGACCAAUGAAAACCUCAUUAAGCAAGCUUUUCCAGACCCUCCACAAAGCUUUCACGGCAUUCAGUCGACAGAUGAUUCAAAGCCUGAGAAACAGGACACUCGUGAUGUACAACUUACACAGCUUCAGAAUGAGAAAAAAGGGAUGAAGGAACGGACCUUAAAGGGUGAUAUUCUUCUAGAAAACUUGAAGAGAUCUCUUCAUGUGCAAGAAGGCCUAUAUAAAAAAGUUGAAGAAGAACUUUAUGAGAUGCACUCAAGGAACUUAUAUCUGGAAAUAUUCUCGAACAUUCUACAAGAAACUUUCCUAGAAGCCAGUGUUCACAUAAGGAUCAUGAAAGCGAAAAUUGAUGAACUUGGGUGGCAGCUAGAGCUUUCAACAGAGGCCAAGGAAAUGUUGAAGCAGAGGCUGGAUAUUACUUUGGACGAGGUUUGCUCCGUGAAUGAGGAGAAAACCACAUGCAUUGCCAAAUGGAAUGCUGUAGCUUUGCAAAAUCAAAGUUUAGAGGCAAAUUUGCAGAAUAUUACUUACGAAAACCUCAUCCUUCUGCAAAAGAUUGAUGAACUGGAAUCUGUAGUGUUGGAGUUCAAGAAUGAGAGAAAAGAGCUCGCAGAGCUAAUGGAGAAAGAAGCUGUGGGAAAAGUUCAUUUUCAGACACAGUAUGCUACCGUGCAGGCUGAGCUUGAUGCUGUGAGAGGUAAAUUUGAUGAUCUGGCUACUGAAAAUGGAAAUCUGCAGAAGAAAUUCAGCAGUCUGAAGGACAAGUUGAUGGACACAUUAGGCUGCUACAAUGAAAAGCUCACUUCGUUGCCUCUAUGGGAAGGGGCAUUGGAUCUUGAUUUGGAGUCCAGUGAUUUAGCAGAGCAGCUUGAUAAGUUCUUGCGUAAUAUAUGUGAAAAAACUAGUGUACUUAUGACAGAGAAUAAAGAUCUGAUGCAGGAAAAAUCCAAGACAGAGUUCUAUUUAAGGGCUGCAGAGUCUGAUAUUGCAGAGCUCAAGCAGAAGCAUGAGAAUGAUGUACAUGGUUUUGUCACUAAACUAGAAGCUUCCACUGCCCUUCUCCAGAAACUUCAGUUGGAAACUGAGUCUAUCAUGGACAAAACGAAGGUUAUUACCGAAGCUGAAAGAAACUAUGAUAGCUGUCACAUGGACUUUGUUUCUCGCCUUGAUUGUAUUGAAAAUGAAAUUCAUCGACUUGUGGCUAAGAAUGAGGCGCUUGGUCAAGAGAUCUCAGAAUUAAGCUCUGUAACUGUUGAGCAUGGAAGAACCAAGCUGCUUGUGGAAGAACUGGUUGAGGAAAAAAAAGGUCUUCUGGUUUCUCUUCUGGAUAAAUCUCAGGAAACUUUGGGUCUUGUGCGUAAGCUCGAGAAUUUAAGGACAACAUUUGACCAAGAGCUGAGACUUGAAAAAAGCUCAAAGCAGGAACUAGAAAUUAAAAUGCAAGAUCUUACUUCGGAGUUGAGUGCGAAAAGUUCCAAAUUGCUGAGCUUUGAUGAGCAAAGCUCUGAGUUGGUCCGUCUCAAGCAAAUGGUUGCCAAUCUGGAGCUGGAGAAGGCAACUCACACUCAUGCUUUGUCAAACUAUGAAACAUCUCUGAGAAGCUUGAAUCGUGAUUCAUCAUAUAUUUCCGAUUUGGAAUCUCAGUUACUUGAAAUGAUGGAAUUUUCAAUUGCAGCAGAUAUCCAGAUUGUUUUCACAAGAAGUGCGUGGGAGACAUAUGCUGAGGAGCACCACAAGGAACAUUUUGAGGUACUGACUGCACUCAAUGGUUCUCAAAAUAUAGGAGCUCAGUAUAUGGAUGAUAAUAUAAAGCUAUUGACAGAUCUCGACUCCCUAAAGUCAGAAUUGAAUGUUGAGAGAAGUUUGAGAAACAAAUUAGACAGCAGAAUUGAAGAACUUGCUGCUGAGUUAGAUGAAAAGCAGUUGCUGUCGGAGAACCUUGGCUUGCAGAAAUCUCAAGUGAAACUAUUGGAGAAGAUGGUAGCUGAACUUAAAUCUGAAAAGUCUUUUCAAAGUUUGGAGCAUGUUAGAAAUGCUCAUCGAGAGUCUUCUUUUAUUGAAGAGCUGCUUCAAUGUCUAAUAGCUGCAGAUGUUCAGCAUAUUUUUACAAAAAUACAGUCUGAGACCCAUAUCAGUGACCUUGCAGAACAACUUAGCUGCUGCUCUAAGAGCCAUCUUGAGUUUCAAAAGAAGCACGCUGAUGUGGAGUCUGCCCUCAACCAUUGUCUAGUCAACGAAAAGCGGUGUAUGGAAGAAAACAAUCAAUUAUUAAUUAGUCUUGAAGUCUUGAAGUCUGAGCUAGAGUCUUCCAUGGCGAAGAGUAGAGCUCUUGCUGAUAGAAAUGAUGAAAUGUCCGUUGAGCUUGAAGAGUACAGAACUAGGGAUGAGAAUGCAGAAAGAAGUUACUCUGAGAGAAGCCAAUGUGCUCAUGAGGUUGAACAAUUGAAAUCGUUGUUGGUUAGGCAUGAAGAAGAAAUAGAAAACUUGACGGUGUUAAAGGCUGAGGCGGAAAUCACAGUCGAUAUACUAAAAGAUAAACUAACUGAGCUGUGUGGAAAAGGCGCCAGUGAGCUUGAAACACUGAAAAAUAGGCGUGCUGAUCUCACUCAAAAGCUCUCUGAACAGAUUCUGAAAACAGAAGAGUUCAAAAGCUUGUCCAUCCAUUUGAAAGAGCUUAAGGACAAUGCUGAAGCUGAAUGCAGCCGUGCCCGUGAAAAGGCGGACUAUCAAGCCCCGCUAACUCCACAGCAGGAGUCGUUGAGAAUCAUUUUCAUCAAAGAGCAGUAUGAAACCAAGCUGCAGGAACUCCAACAUCAAGUGGCCAUGUCCAAGAAGCAUGGCGAGGAAAUUCUGAUGAAAUUACAAGACUCCAUUGAUGAGAAUGAAGCAAGGAAGAAGGCAGAAUCCAGCCAUUUGAAGAGAGCUAAAGAGCUGGGAGAUAAAAUAUUGCAACUGGAGGCUGAUCUGCAAUCUGUUAUCUAUGAUAAACGUGAGAAGGAAGACAUGAUGAAGGCUGAGUUAGAUUGUUCAUUGUUAAGCCUUGAGUGCUGCAAGGAAGAAAAACAGAAAGUUGAAGCUUUAUUGCAGGAAUGCAAAGAGGAGAGACUGAAAUUGUCCAAAGAGCUAGACUCGAUGAGAGAAUUAGUACAACAUUACAACUCUCGUCAAAAUAUUCAGAAGGAAGAACAUGAAAGAUUGAGCACGGAGGAUGGUGUACCGGAGGAGCUGUCUGACAAAAAUAUAUUUGCAGCUUCUUCAGGCGACUUGGUGAACCAUGAGCGAAAAGAAGGUGCUUGUUUUGUUCCUACGGUGGGGACCACCAGUCCCAGGCUAAAUAUUCAGGGUGUAAAUGAAAACGGAGACAAAUUACCUUCCGGAGAAGCAAUGACGCUGGACAAAAGUGAAGAAAGUCUAGCUUUGGUCAGUGAUAAUAUCAGGGCAGAGACUUUAAGGUCUAGCUUGGAUCACUUAAACAAUGAGCUGGAACGGAUGAAGAAUGAGAAUCUCGUUCAACCUCGAGAUGACAAUGAUUCAGACACCAGAUUUCCGGGAUUGGAACAAGAGCUGACACAGUUGCGUCAGGCAAAGGAAGAACUUCAAAGUAUCUUCCCUCUAUCUCACGAAAAUUUCAGCUGCGGAAACGCAUUGGAAAGGGUUCUUGCGCUGGAAAUAGAACUUGCUGAAGCAUUGCGUGGAAAGAAAAAACCAGCCAUCCAUUUUCAGAGCUCUUUCUUGAAGCAACACACCGAUGACGAAGCGAUCUUCCAGAGUUUCAGAGACAUAAACGAUCUAAUCGAGGAAAUGCUAGAGACCAAAGGCCGGUAUGCAUCUGUGGAGACGGAGCUUAAGGAGAUGCAUGACCGUUACUCUCAGCUAAGCCUCAAGUUUGCAGAGGUUGAAGGAGAGAGACAAAAGCUUAUGAUGACUCUGAAGAACGUUAGGGCAUCCAAGAAAGCAAUGCUCUUAAACCGUUCAUCAUCAGCAACUCUUGGUGAACAUUAAUGCACAGAUGUUACUAUGUAUAUAUGUCCCAAGGAUGAUGAAUAAGUCCAUGCUCUAACAGUGGUCUGAAGUUAUAGAUAGCUUAAUAUAAAUGUUCUUUACUCAAAAUAUGGGGUUCUCAAAAGUGAUGUCCUCUCUGUAUUGUACAGAAACCCAUAUUCUUUAACUCAGACAAUGAAAAGUUUAGUUAAGAAAAAGAAAGAACGUAGAUAACAAGUUGUAUUCAUUACCAGUAAACUCCUGUUAUUUUUUUUUUUGGUUACGAAAACGUUUGUCUGAACAUGUAUAUAUGUAAAAAUCAAAAAUAUCGUAGUACAUUUUCUUGAGCCAUUUUUGAUAGACAAUGAAGGAGAAAUGAAAAAUAAAUUAUCAACCACACAAAUGAAAACCAAAAUCUGUAAUGAAAGAUCCUUUGUUUUUCCAUGCCUAUGCCAAUCAUCUUGUACUGAAAGAAACUUCUCAAAGCUUGCUUGAAGCUACGGAAGCUGUUGCAUCACAUCAAGUGACUAUUAUCAUCAAGGAUAUAAAAUUCUCUAUGUUCCAAUUUACUUGCAGCUACAAAAUGGUGCACGCGCAUCGAUUCUUCAUCGGAGGAUCAUUUUGCAGUUUUUCUCGCUCUUUUUGUCUAACGUAGGAGGGCGAAGAACAACAUGCAUAGUGAUGAUCAUUCCAGGGAGUUCGCCAACGGGAAGCCUGGAUUCAGCAAGUGUCCUGUUGUUCUCCAGUAUUUUCCCAGCAUUGAUCAGCUUCACAUCAUUUACAGUCUUUGGAGUAUUUUCUUUAUCUGCAAGGCCAUUGAGAAAUGAUUUUCUCUUUGAGAGAAGAAACAGUCAUAGAUUGAUUAUACUUGCUCGGGCCUAUGUCAGUGCCAUCUGCGAGUCUAAAUUUGAGUUCUAUCCAAUCUUCACCUGCCAUCUUCCAAUUUCCCCAGAAGAAAACAGAAAAAAUAAACCCCUAAAAAAAUAAAAAUCUCAAAUUCAAUAAUUCUUCACCGUAUCAACUUCUAUUUGCACUCUCUGAGAAAUAUCAUCGAACACAAGGCAUGCUUGUUCACCAAUCCAAUUACAAACCCCAAAACAAGCUCUCGUAGUUAAAAUCUCUGUUGAAACAAAAGCACGAAACCGACGCGCCAAGAAGGAUUCGCCCAAAAAGAAACGAUUUUUUUUUUUUCACUGUGAUACGUAAUCUAAAUCGAAGCUUGUUUCGAGGAUCAGCCGUUUCUGAAGAACAGAUCCAAUUAUAUAUUUGACGAAUUUUCGAUUAAGAAAACCAGAAAAUUAAAAGAAAAAAAGAAAAAUCGAAAGAAGAAAAGAGAGAGACACUUUGGUUGAAAGGCUGUCUUUGAGCAGCAAACACACACACAAAAGAGGAAACUAAUUUAGUUUUGGGUUUUCUUUGUCAAGUGAGAUUCUUCUAAUAGUAAAUCCU